CGCCGCCCGCGGUCGCGAAGGGCCGCAAAGCCAAGCGCGGCCCCGGGGCGCCCCCGGCUCGCGCCCUCGGGCCCCCGGCCCCCGCCGCUCGGGUCCCCGCCGUGACCCUCUCCGUGACCUCGGUGGCCACCUCGCGGAUCAGCCACACGGACAGCAGCUCCGAUCUCUCCGACUGCGCCUCCGAACCCUUGUCCGAUGAGCAGCGCCUGCUCCCCGCCGCCAGCAGCGACGCCGAGUCCGGCACCGGCUCCAGUGACCGGGAACCCCUGCGCGGGGCCCCCACGCCCAGCUCCGGACCCCGCGGGCCGCCGCCGGGCAGCCCCGAGCCCCCCGCGCUGCUCGCGGCGCCCCCUGUCGCCGGUGCCUGUCUCGGGGGCCGAAGCAGCCCGGGCAGGGGCCCCUCGGGGUCUCCCGGGCCCGGUUCUCAGGAGGAUGUUGGGGGCCGGGCGCCACCGGAGCGGAUGGUUCUCGGGACCGCCAAGGAGCCAGGCUUGGGCGAACAGCCCCGGCUCUUGGUGGUGGCCGAGGAGGAGGAGUUGCUGAGGGAGAUGGAGGAGCUGCGCUCGGAGAACGACUACCUCAAGGACGAGCUGGAUGAACUCCGUGCAGAGAUGGAAGAGAUGAGAGACAGCUAUCUAGAAGAGGACGGCUACCAGCUGCAGGAGCUGCGGAGAGAGCUGGACCGAGCUAACAAGAAUUGCAGAAUCCUGCAGUACCGACUCAGGAAGGCUGAGCAGAAAAGCCUGAAGGUGGCGGAGACGGGGCAGGUGGACGGGGAACUCAUCAGAAGCCUGGAGCAGGACUUGAAGGUCGCCAAAGACGUGUCUGUGAGAUUGCACCACGAGCUGGAGACCGUGGAGGAGAAGCGCGCCAAGGCUGAAGAUGACAACGACACGCUCCGGCAGCAGAUGAUCGAGGUGGAGAUAUCCAGACAGGCACUUCAGAACGAGCUGGAGAGACUCAGAGAGAGUUCUCUGAAGAGAAGAGGCAGCCGAGAAAUAUACAAAGAGAAGAAAACUGUUAACCAGCAGAAUGGUGGAAUGGAACGCCCUGGGAACUACAGGUUGGCCACCAAAACCCAAAGGAAGCUGGCACCAAGGCGCAAGGAUGACAGUGCGGAUUUGAAGUGCCAGCUUCAGUUUGCCAAAGAGGAAGCCUCCCUGAUGCGCAAAAAGAUGGCCAAGUUGGGGCGGGAGAAGGACGAGUUGGAGCAGGAAUUGCAGAAGUAUAAGUCCCUCUAUGGUGAUGUGGACAGUCCCCUCCCAACAGGGGAAGCUGGCGGGCCCCCCAGCACCAGGGAGGCAGAGCUGAAGCUGCGGCUGAAGCUGGUGGAGGAGGAGGCCAGCAUCUUGGGCCGGAAGAUCGUGGAACUGGAGGUGGAAAACCGUGGUCUCAAGGCAGAGAUGGAGGACAUGCGGGUUCAGCACGAGCAGGGAGCAGGCAGGGACCACGUGCCGAGCAUUCCUACCUCACCCUUCGGAGACUCGCUGGAGUCCUCCACGGAGCUCCGCCGGCACCUACAAUUUGUGGAGGAGGAAGCUGAGCUGCUGAGGAGAUCCAUAUCUGAGAUAGAAGACCACAAUCGGCAGCUGACCCACGAGCUGAGCAAGUUCAAGUUUGAGCCUCGCCAGGAGUCAGGGUGGCUGGGGGACGGCGUCUCUAAGGGCCCCGGGGCCAGCAUUCCCCUACAGGAGGAGCUGAAGUCAGCCAAGCUGCAGAUCGAUGAGCUCAGCGGGAAGGUGUUGAAGCUGCAGUAUGAGAACCGGCUGCUGCUGUCCAAUGUCCAGCGGUAUGACCUGGCUGCACAUCUGGGGCUACGUGCUCCGAGCCCCCGAGACAGUGACGCCGAGAGCGACGCAGGCAAGAAAGAGAGCGAUGGGGAAGAGGGCCGCCCGCCCCAGCCAAAGCGAGAAGGCCCUGUCGGUGGGGAGAGUGACUCAGAGGACAUAUUUGAGAAGACCUCAGGCUUCGGCAGUGGAAAGCCAUCUGAGGCGAGUGAGACAUGCCCAGCAGAACUCCUGAGGGCCCGGGAGGACACCGAGUGCCUGGUGACCAUAAAACACGAGGCCCAGCGGCUUGAGCGGACCAUGGAGCGCCUCAUCACCGACAUGGAUGGUUUCAUGGAUUCAGGCCUCCAAAGUGAAGGCGAGGGCAGCCCCAAGGAGCCCCACUUGUUGGAGACCAUCAACACAAGGAUGAAGGCUUUCAGGAAGGAGCUGCAGGCCUUCCUGGAGCAGAUGACGCGGAUCGUGGAUGGUCUGUCGCCCCUGUCCCACCUCACAGAGUCCUCCAGCUUCCUCUCCACCGUGACUUCUGUGUCCCGGGACUCCCCCAUCGGGACCCUGGGGAAGGAGCUGGGCCCGGACCUGCAGUCCAAACUGAGGGACCAGCUGGAGUGGCAGCUCAGUCAGGAUCGUGGGGAUGAGCGAGAGGGCCCUCGCCUCCGAGCCGCCAGGGAGCUGCACCGCCGUGCUGAUGGGGAUUCCGGCAGCCAUGGGCUGGGAGGCCAGAGCUGUUUCAGCCUAGAGCUCAGGGGCUCCCCCGUUUUACCUGAGCAGAGUGUGUCGGUAGAAGAGCUACAGGGCCAGCUCGCGCAGGCGGCCAGACUGCAUCAGGAGGAGACAGAGACGUACACAAACAAGAUCCGUAAGAUGGAGGAGGACCACCUGUAUGCCUUGCGUUGGAAAGAGCUGGAAAUGCACAGCCUGGCCUUGCAGAACACCCUUCACAAGCGAACCUGGAGUGACGAGAAGAAUCUGCUGCAGCAGGAGCUCCGGUCCUUGAAGCAGAACAUUUUCCUCUUCUAUGUCAAGCUCAGGUGGCUGCUGAAGCACUGGCGACAAGGGAAGCAGAUGGAGGAGGGAGGAGAGGACUUGGCGGAGAGUGAACAUGCAGACAGUGCGCAUGGACUUGCUGAGCUUGAAGUCCAGGGCAGUCACCAGACGGCAGGAGCCGACCAAGAGGAUUCCGACCGAAGCUGCGGCCUUCCCCUGGGAGAGCAUGGCCCACAGUCGCCGGGACAGACAAGUGAACGUGGAUCACGGUUGCCGGCUGCAGAUGGGGGACCACUCAACAGGCAGGUGGCGGAGAAUCAGCAGCUGUUCAGGGCCCUCAAGGCCCUGCUGGAGGACUUCCGUUCCGAGCUCCGUGAAGACGAACACGCCCGGCUGCGCCUGCAGCAGCAGUAUGCCAGCGACAAGGCUGCUUGGGAUGUGGAGUGGGCUGUGCUCAAGGGCCGCCUGGAACAGCUGGAGGAGAAGACUGAGAAGGGCCUGGGGGAGCUGGAUUCCUCUGCCAAGGGCAAUGGUGCCCUGAGAAAGGAGAGAGAGGCACACCAGAAGCUGCUGGCUGACAGCCACGGCCUGGUCAUGGACCUGCGUUGGCAGAUCCACCUCCGGGAGAAGAACUGGAAUCGAGAGAAGGUGGAGCUGUUGGAGCGUCUGGACAGCGAGCGGCAGGAGUGGGGGCGACAGAAGGAGGAGCUCCUGUGGCAGGUGGAGCAGUUACAGAAAGAGAACAGUCCCCGGAGAAGCGGUGGUUUCCUCUGCAGUCCAAAAGAGGACGAGGCCCGCCCUUUUCCACACCAAGGAGGGCUCCGUACACCCCGACCCACGUCCAUGUGGCCCCAUGCAGACACCGACUCUCUCCCAUUUGAGAACCGGCCACUCUCCAAACUGAAGGAGUCGGACAGGUGCUCGGGCAGCGAGAACCUGUACUUGGAUGCACUCUCCCUGGAUGAUGAAGCUGAGGAUACGCCACCCCUCAGGAAUUGCCUUGCUGAGGAAGAAGAAAGUCGCAAGGGAAAUCUUCAAAGGGCUGUGUCUGUGUCCUGUAUGUCUGAGUUCCAGCGUCUGAUGGAUAUCUCCCCAUUCCUACCUGAGAAGGGCCCACCAUCUGCCAGCAGCAAGGAAGAUGUCACUCCACCCCUGUCUCCCGAUGACCUGAAGUACAUAGAGGAGUUCAACAGCAAAAACUGGGACUACACAUCCCACAGGGCUGGGCCCAGCAGGCCUUCAGACCUCUGGGCAGACAGGACCGAGGUGGGGCAGGUAGGACACGAAGCCACCACUGAGCCUUUCCCCGAUUCCUCCUGGUACCUGACCACGAGUGUCACCAUGACUACAGACACCAUGACCAGCCCAGAGCACUGCCAGAAGCAGCCACUGCGGAGCCACGUCCUCAUGGAGCAGUCUGGGGUUCAUGUACUGCACAGCCCGCCUGCCAUUCGCCGGGUCGACAGUCUAGUGUCUGGGGGUGAGGGCAGGAGCAGAGUGGACCCUGAGGGCCCCUUUCCCAUGAGCAGAGCAAGAGGGAACCUGGCAGAUGCCAAGGGAGGCCAUCCGGAACCUGUGCUCAACAGGUGGUCUUGCACCCCACCCAGACACCCUCGAGACUAUGUGGAGGGGUCUCUCCACCCCCUGGACAGACCCACCUGCCCCUCCCUGGGAUUUGCCUCCCCACUGAACAGCUUAGACAUGUCUAAGAACAUGAGUGACGACAUGAAGGAGGUAGCCUUCUCUGUCAGGAAUGCCAUCUGCUCCAAUCCCACGGAGCCACAAGUCAGGGAUAUGGCCUGCCAGACCAAUGGGUCCAGGACGGCAGGGACACAGACAGUCCAGACAAUCAGCGUGGGCCUGCAGACCGAGGCCCUCCGUGCCAGCGGCGUCACCAGCAGCCCCCACAAGUGUCUCACGCCAAAAGCCGGAGGUGGCACCACCCCUGUGUCUUCUCCUUCCCGAAGCCUUAGGAGCCGACAGGUGGCCCCUGCCAUCGAGAAGGUGCAGGCCAAGUUUGAACGCACCUGCUGCUCCCCAAAGUACGGUUCUCCCAAACUUCAGAGAAAGCCCCUCUCAAAAGCUGACCAGCCAAAUAGCAGGACCUCACCAGGCAUAGCCCAGAAAGGGUUCAGUGAGUCAGCCUGGGCCCGCUCCACCACCACAAGGGAGAGCCCCGUGCACACCACCAUCAACGAUGGCCUCUCCAGCCUCUUCAACAUCAUCGACCACAGUCCUGUGGGGCUGCGGGCUGGGAGCCGGUCCCACUCAGCGGAACCCCGACAGGAGCUGGGUCCAGGCCAGGAAACGGGCACCAGUUCUCGGGGAAGGUCGCCCAGCCCCCUAGGGGUGGGCUCAGAGGCAUGCAGGGAGGAUGGGGGAGAGAGCACACCAGUGAGGCAGGACUUGUCUGCCCCCCCUGGCUACACACUCACUGAGAACGUGGCCCGGAUCCUCAACAAAAAAUUGUUGGAGCAUGCCUUAAAGGAGGAGAGGAAACAGGCCGCCCAUGGCCCCUCGGGCCUCACCAGCGACAGCCACGCUGGAGAAGCAGCACCAGCUGAACCAGGAUCCAUGGAGGAACUACCUUGUUCUGCGCUCGCACCAUCCCUAGAGCCCUGCUUCUCCAGGCCAGAAAGACCAGCAAACCGCCGCCUUCCAUCCCGUUGGGCCCCGCCUUCCCCCGCUGCCUCCCAGUCUCAGUCACCCGGAGACCCUGUGUCGUCGGAGGACCACGGUGAGGAGGAUCCGACAGAGGAGAAGCCACACCUGUGACGUGAUGCAAGUUUGCACGGAUCAUCCCGGGAAUGAAUCCCUGUAAUGCAGAACCAGACCAUCACCACCAACCGACCUCUGCCGGGAAGGAGAGCUGUAGCUUCCUCAAGGUCAAAGGAUGUCUUUACACAUACACGGCUGCUGAAUGUUCAGCCUGGUAACCUGAGAUGUUUCGGGAAUGAAACAGUUAAGCGUGCCUGUAAUAAUUUUUUUCAUAGCUCAGAAAACUAUUUUUGUCUCCAUCUUUUUUUACACACAAUAUAUUAAACAAAAAAAAAGGUAAAUAAGAUAUAAAUAGAUUUAAGAGUUUUAAAAUGUACAUUUUAAGAGAUUCCCAACACCCUUGUUCUCGAUCCUGACUGCCUCUGUUAAAUUUGCACUGUUCCAUUUUGCUUGGGUUUCUCUGUGUUGAGAUCAUCGUGUUCUAAGUUAAAUUUUGUUUUGUCCAGUAUUAAUUUUUUUAGGAGUCUUUUUUUAAUGCUUCGGACCAUCUAACUCAGUGAACUCUUUGUAGUGAAAAGGCCAUGAGGCCAGAAGACAAGCGUGUCUGUGACCUGGAAGGAUGCAGGUCAGCAUUCCUGCAACGGUACGGAGCCCCUCAGAUGGACUUAAGGCUCACUGUAGGACACGUCUUCUGCUCGGCCUGGCGGCGCGUCUUCGGGCACCUGUACAUACACCGCUCCGUCCCUGCCAUCACCUGUGUGUGCGUCCGUCUGGCCCACUGUAACUCGUGACGUUCCUUGUACUGUACUGUACUGUUGGUCCCCUUGUUCCGCUGAGACAACAGCACCAUUUUUAAAUUAUUGUUAAAACAUUAGCUGACGGUGUACAACGCUCACUCAAUAUUUUCUUGUUUAAGGAAAAGCACUACAAAAAAAAAAAAUCAUGCGGAUGCCAAAUUGAGACAAAUGAUGGUGCCUCAGAGUCUGUCUGAGACUGUGAUGACACAGAAAUAAAGUCCUUCCAAGGAGA